AUGGCCUCCAAACCAGCCUCCCGCGGCCCCGCCGGCAUCACAAGAGCCUACCUCUUCACCUACAACACCCUCAACCUCCUCGCCUGGGGUGGCUGCGUCGCAUACGCCGCUUCCCUCCUCCCCGCCAAUAUCAACAACCUACCCAAUGUCUUCAGUCUGACAUUCACCCCGCUGCUAGCGACGCAAUCCCUCGCCCUCCUGGAGGUCGUCCACAGCGUCGUGGGACUCGUGCGCGCCCCGUUCAUGACGACCGCCAUGCAGGUCGCUAGUCGAUUGCUGCUAGUCUGGGGAAUCAUGGCUCAGUUCGGAGGACAGAUUGUCGGUGCGCGAAGCACCCAGCUUGGCGACUAUGCGUAUCUGGGCUGUGUGGCUGCUUGGGGUAUUACGGAGGUCAUUCGUUAUGGAUUCUUUGCUAUUACUUUGUCUGGGAACUCGGUGCCUAGCUGGUGGACUUGGUUGCGAUACAAUACCUUUUAUAUCCUCUAUCCGAUUGGUAUCACCAGUGAGUGCACACUUAUUGUGCAGGCUCUUGGCCCUGCUGGUGAUUUGAACCCGCUUUUCCAAUAUGCGCUGGUUGCUAUUCUGGUUAUCUACGUGCCUGGCUCUUAUAUUCUGUACACGCACAUGAUUGCCCAGCGCCGCAAGGUUCUGCGAGGCAAGCAGCGUGCCGAUUAG